CGUUUCAAUCUGAUUGGUCGAAAUCGUCGGGGCGUUUCAUUCUGAUUGGACGACGACCGAUGCCCGGUGUCCGGGUAAGAUGGCGUCGGAAGAGCAGUGCUCGGCACCACCUCGAUGGCGGUCGAUAUCCUUAACCCACGUAGAGUACCCGGCGGGUGAUCUGACGGGGCAGGUAUUGGCCUGCAUGAGCCUGUUGCCCAUCGCGAUCCUCGUCGGAUUCGUCACUCUGAUCGUCUUUAAGCGAGAGCUACAUACGGUGAGUUUUUUUUGGGGGUUGGUCAUAAACUGGCUGCUCAAACACAUUCUACAGGAGCCUCGGCCGUGUGGAGGAGGUCACAGCUCAGUCACGACAGAGUACGGGAUGCCUUCCAGUCACUCUCAGUUCAUCUGGUUUUUUGUUGUAUACUUUUUUCUUUUUCUUUAUUUAAGAAUGCAUCAGACAAACAAUGCCAGGUGUGUUGAACUGUUAUGGCGGCAUAUACUGUCCAUCAUUCUUCUGGCAGUGGCUCUGUCCAUUUCAUACAGCAGAGUCUACCUCUUGUACCACACCUGGAGUCAGGUGAUUUAUGGGGGCGUGGCCGGGAUGGUGAUGGGAGUGGUUUGGUUUUUUAUCACCCAAGAGUUGCUAACGCCACUCUUUCCCAAGAUAGCAGCCUGGCCAAUCUCAGAGUUUUUUCUGGUGAGAGAUACAAGUCUCAUUCCCAACAUCCUGUGGUUUGAAUACACAGUAACCAGAUCAGAAGCCAGAAACAGACAACGAAAGCUGGGAACGAAGCUUCAGUGAUUCUCUGUGAAACCCAGUGUUAACUGACAGAAAGGACCACACACACACACACACACACACACACACACACACACACAAACACACAAACAAACACACUGGAGUUUCAUAGUCGGGACUGUUCUGGUUGAUGUGAACGCGCAGAACAGUGUACUUGUGGACCAAAGGAGCGAGUUCGUACCGCAGACGUGACCGUUAUCACAUGACCCAACCGUUCGCACGACAACAUGGCCUUCUCCUCCCCCUCCCCCGUCCUUAGGCUGCCCCUGCGCUCCUAAUGCAUGCGGACCGUGCAAGAGACAAAAACUAUUUAAUGACAAAUGUAAUAUAUAUUUUAUUCAUUAGCAUUGACAGUGAAGAUCUUAACAGCAGCGUGAAGGGGGGAAGAGGUAGAAGUGAAAGAAAGAAAGUUUUACGAUGCGACAAACUAAUCAGCAUGGCAUUACUUUUAUUUAAACGACGCGUUAAGGACCAGGGACAGGAAUGCUGGGUAAUAAAAGCAGGAGAGGAGGAGGAGGGGAGGAAUGCAGAUGAGGGUGGGGGGACGAAAAUUGCUUUUGCUAGUUUGUAUAUCUUAAGACAUAAAUACUCAUCGCAAAAUAUGUCACAUUUUACCCCAAAAUAAUAAAAAAUAACUGUAAGCCUAUUUUUAGGGCAUUUAUGUUUGGAUUUGUGACUUUCACUUUAUUAUCAAAUUCUCAUUAGCGUCAUGUGUCCAGACAUUUUGCCUUUUUUUUUUUUUUUUUUUUUUUUGUUACCAUGUAAAAACUCUUAAUGGAUUAAUAUUCUUUUGGCAAAAUAAAUUUAUUUUUCAAUUUUGAGCUGAAACACAUGGAAGCCGAUUCUGCGAUGGAUUUUUAAAAAAUUUUUAAUGCUAAUUUUUAUCUAUAAGUUUACAUCUCACAGUUCAGACUUUUUUGUACAAAUUAUUAAAUUCUGAGUUUAUACAUUGCAAUUCUGCCUUUUUUAUUUAUUUAUUUUUGUUUAUAUAUUGAAAUUUUGACACUUGAAAUCUUAGAGUCCUGACUUUUUCUUUUUUUUUUUCGAAGAAUUGCUCACAAUUCAACGAGUUUACAUUAAAAACAGUUCUCCCUCUUUUCUUGCAUCCGUUUUUUUUUUUUUUUUUUUUUUUGCAAGGAAAUUGAAACAGGAAAAAAGGAAUUGCAAGGAAAAAGUUGAAAAUACCGUUUUAUUUGUUUUGUUCUGUGGCGGAAAUGGGCUUCCAUAGAAACUUGACCCUGGCAGGUUCUUGGCAGGUUAUUCACCGUAGAUUUCUGUUAAAAAGUGUAAUGGAAACUAAAAUAAUUUGCACUUUGUGAAUUUGACUUCUAAACAAAUCAUAUUAACACUAUUUUUUUUUUAAAUAAUGAAUUGUUCUGCUCUUUGCUGGCUCUUUCUGUUUUAAAGUGUCUUGUUUAGGUCUUGAGCAUAAAGGCAUUGCAGAACAUGGUGUUGUUACAACUAGUUCCAGAUUUGUGGUAUUGGGAACAAAAUUAGGUCAUGGGAACAAAUGUAGUGCCUGUUUUUAGUCCGAAUGAUGUUGUACAUUUGUUUCAACCCCAUUUGCAUUAUGUUGUGUUAGACUUGUGAUCUGAUAACACAUUUUUUCAGAUUUAUUGGGCCUUAAGUCAGCUGAUAGCUCCACUGCACAGUGUUUGUUUCCAUGUGCAGAUGACAUGCAGAAAUAAUAAUUAAAACAUCAUUACUUUUUUAUUAAUACCAGUCAACAUCUCAAAAAAUGCAGUUCUGACGGGACAGGACAAAUGAUGCUCAGCUUUUAUAUUAACAUUUAUUGGAAUAUUUUAUUUUUUUUGACCCAUUUGAUGUGGGCAGGAUGUCAGUUAUCACACCUGACCUCACUGCUCUGAUUUUCCCAUAAUACCACUUUUGACUAUAUACAGACGCCUUUGCUACUGCUACAACAUGAUUACAUGACAAAUGGAAAUACUAAAAGGACAAAAAAUAACCAGAACCCAAACCUCAGGUGAACUCUAGCAUGUACCGAGGCCUGUUCUUUUAGGUUGAUGUAGAAACUGUCUGUGACGGGUGUUUAUAUAAAGGGAAGGGAGGUUCUUACAUAACUCGAAGAUGAUCCUCUCUUUUAUCAUGUGUAAUUCAUAUCAGGCUGAAUAAAAAAACAAAAUGUUUAUGUA